AGUAUAAACAAGGUAUCUCCCUUCUCCAAUGCAUUCUUUUCAGGAGAUUCUUACUAAGGAAUAAUGUUCUUGCCCUAUCCAAUACCUUUGACGUAAUUGUAAGGAUUUGUGUUUCUCGUCCAACCGUGUACUCGUCUUAGACCACCUUCUAAAACUAUAUAUACCCGGAUAUCGGGCAUCAACUUCACAAAUCAUAGCCAAAGAUAAGAAAAAUCAUUUCCCCCUCCCCUAAGAUACUCGAAAAAAAAUCGAGUAAUAUAGUUUACAGAAGUUAGACAUCAUGGCUGCUUCACCGGCAUUGAUGAAAUCCGACUCAAUAGCUGAUAACAUGCCAGAAGCAUUGAGGGAAAGAAGAUACCUAAUGAAAAAGUGUUUUUCUAGGUAUUUACAACAGGGGAAACGGUUGAUGAAGCUUCAUCAUCUUAUGGACGAGCUUGAGAAAUCCAUUGAUGAUCCUGCUGACAGAACUCAAGUCUUAGAAGGCACACUAGGCUAUAUUUUGUGCUCGACUCAGGAGGCAGCUGUUGUUCCGCCCCAUGUUGCCUUCGCAGUUAGACCAAAUCCUGGCUAUUGGGAAUACGUUAAAGUAAAUGCCAACGAUCUCACAGUCGAAGGCAUCAAUGCAACUGAGUAUCUGAAAUUCAAAGAGACCAUAUAUGAUGAGAAAUGGGCCAAGGAUGAUAAUGCACUAGAGGUGGACUUUGGGGCACUCGAAUAUUCUACCCCACGCCUUGCUUUGUCUUCUUCAAUAGGAAAAGGAAUGAAUUUUAUAUCAAAGUUCUUGAGUUCAAAGCUCUGGGGAGAGAAGGAGGCUGCAAAGCCUCUUGUGGAACACCUGCUGUCAAUGAAGCAACACGAUGAUAACCUAAUGAUCAAUGAGACACUGAACACACCAGCAAAGCUGCAGGCCGCACUGGUUGUGGCUGAGGUGUUCCUUUCAUCAUUUCCUGCUGAUACACCAUUUCAGACCUUCGAGUUGAGACUGAAGGAGUGGGGUUUUGAGAAAGGAUGGGGUGAUACUGCAGCAAGAGUCAAAGAGACUAUGCGUUUUCUCUCCGAGGUGCUCCAGGCACCAGACCCAGUGAACGUGGAGAAUUUCUUCGGCAGGCUUCCAACAAUUUUCAAUAUUGUGAUAUUCUCAAUACAUGGUUACUUUGGUCAAGCAAAUGUUCUUGGCUUGCCAGAUACUGGGGGCCAGGUGGUUUAUAUUUUGGAUCAAGUCAGAGCAUUAGAAGAGGAAUUACUCAUCAGAAUCAAGAAUCAAGGGCUUACUGUGAAGCCUCAAAUUCUAGUGGUCACCAGACUAAUACCAGAUUCUCAAGGAACCAAGUGCAAUCAGGAACUCGAAUCAAUUGAGGGCACCAAGUACUCUAACAUUCUUCGCGUCCCAUUUAGGACAGAGAAUGGAAUCCUCCGCCAAUGGGUUUCUCGUUUUGACAUAUAUCCAUACCUAGAGAAGUUUACACAGGAUGCCACAACCAAAAUCCUUGAGCUUAUGGAAGGAAAGCCUGACCUUAUAAUUGGAAAUUACACUGAUGGAAACCUGGUUGCGUCUCUCAUGGCAAACAAACUUGGAGUAACACUGGCCACCAUAGCACACGCCUUAGAAAAGACGAAAUAUGAAGAUUCAGAUGUUGGCUGGAGAAAAAAGGAUUCCAAGUACCACUUUUCAUGUCAAUUCACAGCAGAUAUAAUAGCAAUGAAUUCAGCAGAUUUCAUCAUCACGAGCACAUUUCAAGAAAUUGCAGGAAGCAAAGAAAGACCUGGUCAGUAUGAAAGCCAUGCAGCAUACACUCUCCCAGGACUAUACAGGGUGGCUUCGGGCAUCAAUGUCUUUGACCCCAAAUUCAAUAUUGCUGCACCUGGAGCAGACCAAACUGUCUACUUUCCCUCCACAGAAGCACAGAGACGAUUCACACACUUCCAUCCAGCGAUUCAAGAAUUACUGUACAAUAAUAAGGAUAAUGAUGAACACAUGGGAUUCCUAGAAGACAAGAAGAAACCCAUCAUUUUCUCCAUGGCAAGGCUGGAUACAGUGAAAAAUAUUACUGGACUGGUUGAGUGGUAUGCGAGGAAUGAAAGACUCAGGAGUCUGGUCAACCUUGUUGUUGUGGCAGGUUUCUUUGAUCCCUCAAAAUCCAAAGAUAGAGAAGAAAUGGCUGAAAUUAAGAAGAUGCACUCAUUGAUAGAGAAUUACAAAUUGAAUGGCCAAUUUAGAUGGAUUGCUGCCCAGACUGAUAAGUACAGAAACGGGGAGCUGUACCGUUUCAUUGCUGAUACACGAGGUGCUUUUGUGCAACCUGCUUUAUAUGAAGCUUUUGGUCUCACAGUCAUUGAAGCAAUGAAUUGUGGAUUGCCCACUUUUGCUACAAAUCAAGGGGGGCCAGCAGAGAUUAUCGUUGAUGGUGUCUCUGGCUUUCAUAUUGAUCCCCACAAUGGAGAUGUGACAAGCAACAAAAUUGCUGACUUUUUCCAGAAAUGUAUGAAUGAUGAUGAAUACUGGAAUAAGAUCUCAGCAGCCAGUUUACAGAGAAUCUAUGAAUGCUACACAUGGAAGAUAUAUGCGAACAAACUGCUAAACAUGGGAUGCAUGUAUACCUUCUGGAAAAUUCUGAACAAUCAAGAGAAGCAAGCCAAGCAAAGAUACAUCCAAAUGUUCUACAAUCUUGAAUACAGGAAUCUGGUGAAAACUGUGCCUAUCCCAAGCUAUGAAGUUCCAAAGCCAGCACCAAAGCCAAUAGUAAGGCCGCAGCCACCCAAAAGGCAUGCUGCGGCCGACAACUCGGAUACAGAGGUGGUUCGGAGCUUAACUCAGCACAUGGCACAGUUUGAAACUUCCCCAAGAAACACGUAUGCAGCUGUAUACAAAGUCAUUUCGAAGCUACUCUUUAUCAUUGUCCUACUGCUCCUCUUUCUAAUUUGUUGGACUCAUUUCUCAACUUACCAAAGUCAAAAGGCAUUGCCUUUCUGAAUAAAGCUACCUCAAUGCUAUUGUAAUUAAACUUUAAACAUAUUCAAGAAUUGGAUGCUUCCCGACUACAGAAUCAAGCAUACAUGUUGUAUACUAAAGAAACUAAAUGUAAACAUCAGAGAGAUAUACUUCAACUACAAAUUGGAAUAUGAAAUACUCUUUUAUCUUCAUAUUUCUGUUAGAAAAAUCUGUACAUCUUUUAUUUUGUAUCUAAUUUUCUUUUUGGCCACUCCCCUCCCAUCCAAAAGCCAAAAAAGGGAAAAGAAAGAAAAUUUCGCAGGGUGGGGAGUUAUGGUAGAAGUAAGGUGGCUAAAAUGACUAUCACAAAGAAAACUGAAGUCUAAGGGAGAAAUACCAAGGGCUACUUUAUCAGCCUGAUCCUAUAUUUCCACAGAAUAAGAACCCUUAUGCCAAUACCAUAAAGAUACGAUAAUUUUACAUGACUAGACAAAUAAAAAUACAGAUAACAAUCACCUGUCAUUUAAACAAACGAAUGAAUAAAUCACCCCC